AUGUCACAGUCUGGACGCGUCCUGCUCACGGGAGCUAAUGGCUUCGUAGCUUCCCAUAUCUUGUCUAUCUUGAUCGAACAAGGCUACGAUGUAACGGCGACAGUGCGGUCCCCUUCCAAGGGCGAGGCCAUAAUCAAAACCCAUCCAUCGUGGAAGAACAAAAUCGAAUUCGCGAUCGUGUCAGACUUCACCUCCGAGGGACCGUUCGAUGAAAUCUUCAAAACAACACCGAUUGACUAUGUGAUUCACGCUGCAUCUCCAGUAACGUUCCAGGUGUCCGAUAUUCAAAAGGAGAUGAUCGAGCCGGCUGAAAAAGGGACUACGGAAAUCUUGAAAGCCGCACAGAAAUAUGGCACCUCUCUUAAACGAUUCGUGCUUUUAAGUAGUGCGGUUACCGUGAUGAACUCCUUCGAAGACAUGACGAAAGAGGGAAAACCUUACACCGAGAAAGACUGGAACCCGGUCACGGCCGAGCAGGCCAUUGCUCAACAUGACGCCGUUCUCGGGUACAACGUGUCAAAGAAGAGAGCCGAAGCCGUAGCAUGGGAAUUCUUCGAGAAGAACAAGCUACCCUUUGAUUUGGUUGUCAUCAACCCGGAUAUCAUCACUGGUCCCAUGCUUCACCCCAUAACCGGACCAAGCUCUAUCAACGAAACCAAUCGCUUCGCAAUCGCCAACUUCAUCGAUGGAACUUAUAAAACGAUAGACGGAGUUGAAUUCCCAUUCUACCAUUUUGUUGAUGUCCGCGAUGUCGCCCGGAGCCACGUAGAUGCCCUGACCAAUCCAGCAGCCUCGCACCAGCGAAUUAUCCUAGUCGCAGACCUGAUCACACCCCAGUUGGUGGCGAACACUAUUAGGGAGAACUUCCCUCAACUCAAGGACCGUGUUCUAGAAGGCAAUCCUUCUCAAAUUCUUCCCCCGGGUAUUCACCCAACUGGGUGGGAUACGCGCCUCAGUCUAGAUAUCCUGGCCAAGGGCACGAAGACUGGCAAAUGGAACUAUGUGGAUUUCAAGACUAGCAUUGUUGAUGCUGUCCAGUGCAUGAUCGAUUCUCAUGUCAUUUAA